GUUAAAAAAAAAGAAGGCGGAGAGAUAUAUUUCAGUUGAGCUGGGAUUGUUGUUUACAUCCCCACAAAGAAGAAAAACUGUUUAUCAUUCAGUCAGAUCUUCCCCUUCCUUUUGGCGAAGGAGGCAUAAAAAUUUUUUCAGUGUUAUUAAUCGAACAUCAACACGCAUCCUUUCUCAAGAACAACGAAGUAAUAUCAAAUAAUUGCUGAUAACAUUGACAGCUAUUGUGUUGUUGCAAAAUAUUCAAAAAUAGUGUAGUUAGAACUCGGUAAUUGAAAUAGUGGUGUUUUUUUUAAUUUUUUUGCAAUUUUCGGAAACAUUAUUAGUAAUGAAGGUAACUGUGACGACUCUGGGGGACGAUAUAUUCGUCCUAGACGUUAGUGAGGAUCUGGAGCUGGAAAAUUUCAAGGCAUUUUGUGAAAUUGAGUGCGGUGUGCCAGCACCAGAAAUUGUUAUUGCUUUUAAUGGUAGGCCACUGAUGGAUGAUAAAAAAUCGUUAAAAGAUCACGGUAUCAAGGACGGCGAUGCUGUUAUUCUACAGCACAUGCAUCAAAGUGGCGUUGACCUCAAUCCACAGCCCGUAAAUGGAGCUGUUCCUCUACUGGAUUUCAGUUCGAUUAGGAUUCCUGGGGCGGCUUCCAGUAGCUCAUCACCUGCACCGGCUCAAAGGGCCCAGAAUCCACGGAGCGAGGAUGACCCUGCAAUGAUUCGUGAUAUGUUCUUAGCUAAUCCUGAUCAGCUGGCAUUGCUGAAACAAAACAAUCCUAGACUGGCUGAUGCUCUCUUAUCUGGGAACCUUGAAAGAUUUUCAGCAGUUCUCAAAGAACAAAUCAAAAUCCGUGAAGAGCGUCAGGCACAACGUCUCAGGAUGAUGAAUGCAGAUCCAUUUGACACAGAAUCCCAGAGACUCAUUGCCGAAGAAAUUCGACAAAAAAACAUUGAGGCAAAUAUGGAAGCAGCGAUGGAGUACAAUCCAGAGACAUUUGGCACUGUCGUGAUGCUUUACAUAAAUUGCAAAGUCAAUGGAUUUCCCGUCAAAGCUUUUAUCGAUUCAGGCGCACAAACAACUAUAAUGUCAGCAGCAUGUGCAGAAAGAUGCCACAUUAUGCGUUUGGUGGAUUCACGAUGGGCUGGUGUUGCCAAAGGCGUGGGCGUACAAAGAAUCAUUGGACGCAUACACAUGGUUCAAAUACAGAUUGGAAACGAUCAUUUAACUACAUCCUUCAGUGUCCUCGAGGAGCAACCGAUGGAUAUGUUGCUUGGCUUAGAUAUGUUGAAACGUCAUCAGUGUUGUAUUGACUUGAAAAAAAAUAUCCUAAAGAUUGGAACUACAGGAACAGAAACAUCUUUCUUGACUGAAGGGGAAUUACCAGAAUGUGCGAGACUAAGUGGGAAUAAUGAUGCGGGUCUGGAUGAAAGAGAUUACCAAAAAGUACUGGAGGACAGUGUGAGAGAGGCAAAGAAAUUGAGGCAAGGGCAGGACGGCCAAGGCACGAAUAAUUCAGCUGCCUCAGUGUCCAACGCAUCAACGAAUCCAGAAACGACCGUAUCAACCAGUGAUCCAUUUACUGAGGCUAGUGUCAAAGCUAUCGAAACUCUUGGCUUCCCCAGAGCCGAAGUUAUUGCAGCAUUACGUAGAUUUAACGGCGAUGGAAUGCAAGCGACGGCUGCACUAUAUGCCAAAUCGUUAAAGUUCUGAAUGCACUUUCUCGACUGCUGAUACAGUUAAUAAUUAGUUGACUUUGUGGGUGAAAACGGAAAUGACAUUGAAUAUGGGGUUUGGGACUUUUGAAUAAUAUAACUUGUCGUCUAUGAAAUUUAAAGGAGCUAAUACUUAAAUGCUCUAUAGAUAUGAACGACUGAAUCAUUGUGUUCUAUGUAUGGGAUUUAAGAUUGGCGUAAAAUUUCGUUAAUUUUUUUUUAUUUAGUAUGAAAUGAAUGAUUCAACUCAUUGCUGUAUUUACCAAGUGAGCAUUUGCCUAAGAGUUUCACAGGACAAAAACAAUACAAAGUGAAAAAUAUAAAGGGAGAAAGGGAGAUAUAAAUAAAUGUUUGUACCGAGUGUCUGCGAUGGUACUGCUUUAUACAUAAUGUAAUUUCCUUUAUCAAUCAUUGCAGGCAAGAUGAAAUUAAAAGAGAUGAAAAUUA